CUUUGACUGAAUGGCAUUAUGGGAAAUAUUUACCUUCGCCAUGUUGAAUAUUGAAAUAUUUUUACAGUGGUUCGAAAUUUGACAAGUUUGGUAAAAAACAAUAACGUUCGAUUGUUUUUUCGCUGUUUAGAGGGAACUUUAUGAUACAUUUCACAAUUUGAGCCUCCAUAAAGUCACUAGCUAUGAGUUCAUCGGACGGAAAACGUGGCAGAAGAAAGAAGAACAAACGGGGUGGAGGGAAAGGAAGUCGACAGCAGCAACAAAAACAACUCAAAGUUGUUAACAAUUUCGAGAUACCAGUCAGCAAAUCUGAUUUGGAUUUGGAUAACAUACCACUGCCUUUGACGGAGAUGCCCAAGACCACAAGUACACCAUACUUGGAUGGUGAAAGAUGUUUGUUGUGUCGAUGUGUGAGACAAGAUCCAUCAUCUCCCAGUAAAAUAGCACAAGAAUCUAACAAUACCAUGCAACAGACAUCCUCUUUUGCUACCAGUGCAGCUCAUACUAUCUCUCAGCUUCCAUUAUGGGUAUGCCCUGAAUGUCGUCGUACUGUUGAAGAAGAAGAAAAGAAAGCAGCAUUAGAACCAUCAUUACUGACUCCAGAUUUGUUGCUUCAACCAACUCUUCCGUUAAUGAGUUCAGUUCAAGACAUGGAAACAGCAUUAGAUAGUUCGUUAAAUGUUGACCUACCACCACCCGCUCCAACUGCUUCCGUUUGCAACUGUGAAGCCUGCACUGAACGCAGACAGUUAGAGGCAGAACAUGAAAAUGAAACUCAACAAUUACAGUCAUACUGGAUGGAACUACGACAUGCUGUCAGAUGUGUUUAUAGAGAAGCUGGCACUGCAUUGGAAGGUGAAGAUUCCAACACUAAGCUGGACACUGAGAGAUUGAAUGAAUUAGUGCAUAGAUUAUGCAGCAGGGAUGCACAUCAACUCUUUCAACGCCUGGAAUCCCAGGGAAGAGAAUACGUCAUAGAAAUGAAAGUCAGGUUAUUAAAACAAUUAUCAUCGGGUCAUAAAACUCCUCAGCAAGCCAAACAGUUUAUUAGUAUGGUAUUAGAGGAAUAUACUGCCUUAUGUUCUGCUGCUUCAACGUUGGCCGCAAUACUUAAUGAGUUGGAAGAAGAGCAUCUUAAGAAGUUCAAUCUGACGUGGGAGUUGCACAAUAAACAUUUAUUUCAGAGUAUUGUGUAUACUGAUCCACUUAUACAAAAUAGUUUACCCAAUCUGAUUAAACAAUUGAGGCUUGGGGCAGCUUCAAGGGAGUCUUAUCAUCAGGAUACCUAUCCUAAUUUGUUACACAGGCAUUUAAAAUUUGAUGAUGAAAUGUCGGUGUUAUCAGUGGUCUGGAGAGAUUGUCAACAGUUACUAGAAAUAUACAUCGAUGAACAGGCAACAUUGAAAGCAAAACAGAGAAUGUUAAAAGAGGACUGGGAAUUUUUCAAGGCUCAGAGAAGAGCGUUGGAAUCGCAGGUUGGCAAAAAAGUCAAAAGUGGCAAACCAGCUAUUUGUCCAGACUUCAGCUCUCUCUGGGGUCAAUUGCUGGAUGGCGAAAAACCUUCUGAAAAUGAAUUGCAUUGUACAACAUGUAAAAGAAAAAGAUGUCCUUGCGAUCAAUGCAGUAUAUCUCAUAUGAUUACAUGUGGUCUUAUAAAUCCUGAUCUUUGCAAUGAUCUCGGAAGCAGUAUACACGAUGAUGUUCAUCACCAUAAUACUACAUCACAUCACAAUUCAAAAGAUAUCUCUCAUAUUACAUCACUAGACGCGCUACAUCAUCUCACAAUAAACCCUCCUGAUUUAUCAUCUGCAACAUCAUCAGAAUGUUCAUCACCAACAGGCUCAGGGGAUGUCAUUCCUAUCUUUUCAAGAAAUGAUCUCACAACGCCUGGGUUAAAUUCACCAAUCAGUCAUCAAUCUGAUUUUGACCAGAAAGGUGAUGAUGAACCUGAACCUUUAGACUCAGAUGACACUUCAGCAUCAUCAAAUUCCCGUCAUGCAUGUGUUAAGCCAUCACAGAAUGAGGUAAAUCAUGAUUUCCAUGAUAGUGGAAAUGAUGAUUAUGAUGAAGAUGAUGACGACGAUGAAGAUGAUGAUGAGGACGAGGAUGAUGAUGAGGAUGAUGAUGACGACGACGACGAGGAAGAUGAUGACGACGAGGAUGAAGAUGAAGAAGAAGAUUGCGAAUGCGAGUCUUGUAGCAGAAAUGAUAAAUCAGAGCAGAGAAGCAGUGUUACAGAAACGGGUACAGUUGAGACCAAAAAUGAAUCGUGUGAAUGUCAUGCAUGUGCCAAGGAAUUGGACAAGAAACUUGGAGGAUCUAUUCCUAAACCAGCUUCCUAUUAUUUAUAUCCUCAUUUGCAUAAUACUAUAACUCCAAGCCAGCAGAGUAAUAGUUCAAUCCAUUCAUUGAUCCAUCCACACUUGUAUUCAUCUACAUCACCUAAACUUGGUAGAGCCGCCACUAUCAAUUUGUCUGCGCUCAGUAUGGAUAUAAACUCCCAAGAAGCACUACAUGAACAUAUUUAUCAUGCGUACGGAGAGUGGGAUAAUGCUUAUGAAAGUGCCAAGGUUAUGCUUAACUCGCGCAAGUUUGGUGUAACUGGAAAUGAAGCAGAGAGUCAGUUCACACAGCCAACGACGACUACCACAUCCACGGAGACCACCAGCAGCAGUGACACCACACAAACCUCAACUAUAGCGAAUGGGCAUGAAGAGACUGGUAAAGUUCCAACAAUGCAGACUAAACAUCGCCAUCAUCAUCAUCAUCAUCACCACCAUCAUCGCCGAGUGAAUCGGGAGAAGCAAUGCACCGAAGAGUCAAGUCAGGAUAACCAGUCAAAAGAUGGAAGCGGUUUGCAUGUUGAUUACUGUGUCAGGCAUAAUCAGUUUACUCACACCUUACAUUCUCAUCAGCAUGAUAGACUACCUAAUAAACUAACGCCUGAAUUGCUACGACAAGCUGCAAUUAACCAUGCCAAAGAAGAGGCAGCAAGGGCUAUUGGCAAUCCUUCCAUUGGUGUUCCGUCAAGUUGUAUACAUGGUCAAUGCAAACAAUCGAAUAGAUCCACUCCAGGAAUCAUUGAUCCUAUCACUGGGUUGUGUACAACAACAUCAAACAUGUCAAGUGAUGCGGAAAGUGUUGGUAAUCGUUCCUAUGACAUUGAAGACGUGGAUGAUAGUUGUUCUGAGAAAAGUAAUUGCACAUCGAGUACAUCGGGUAAAGAAAAAGAUGGAAAAUUCUGUGAUUGUUGUUACUGUGAAUUCUUCGGACAUGGAGGUCCUCCUGUAGCACCAACUAGCAAGAACUAUACUGAAAUACGCGAUAAACUACGACUUAGAUUAAAACAACGAAAACAACCCAAAGAAGUAUCACCAGCUCCAGGCAAUGAGAGAGAAAGUCAUAGUUUGCUGAGAGAUAGUAGAGAGGUUGAUGAACUUUUAAGUUUUAUUAAUGGUGCCACUCAAAAGAAGGUUCAGAUGGCAAACCAUCAACCGGUUAGUGCUAAAGCUGCUAAACGAUUGAGACAGAAACAAAGGAGGAUAGAGGCAAGAGAAAGGAGGCUAGAAGAAGAAAAAGAGAAAAUGAGAGAAGCUGAACAACUGGAACAGGAACAAAAAGAAAAUAGAGAGAAAUCAUUGCAAACUGAGAAAGCUGAACAUAAUGUUGAUGAGAAGACAAAGAACCAACAGAUGAAAGAUAUUGCUGAAAGAAAUUGGUUGGAAGAAAAGUGUAAUCAAAAACAAAAUGGCAAUAACAAUAAUAUACACCAAAGCCAGCAUUCGGGGGUACACAGUAAAUGUACAAACCAUGUAGGAAAACAUCCUCAUCAAGAUAGCGAAAAAUAUACUCGACCACAUCAUGGUAGGUGUAUACAGCAGCAGCAGCAACAACUACAGCAACAGCAGCAGCAACAACAAAAAAAGCAGCAACAGCAACAACAACAGGAACAACAACAACAACAAGAACAACAACAACAACAGCAGCAGCAGCAACAACAACAAAAUGGAAAAGAUCAGAAAAGAAAUGAAAAACCAGAGUCUCACCAAAGCAAAUUUAUUUCACCCCAAAAACUAGCACACCCUAUCCCAAUGCCUUCUCCACCACCACAGCUAUCAAAAAAACAGCGCAAGAAAGAAAGACAUUCACCCAGAAACUCUUCUGAUAUGUCGAGUAUAGAAUGUGAAAGUAGUAUUGAAAGCAUCAAUGGUAAGCAAAAACAACAAAGAAAAAGUCGCACUGCAGAUGAUGUUGAUACUCCUCUGCCAAGUCCACGACAAAGUAAACAACAACGCAGAAAAAGCCCUCCUGUUAACGAUGUAAGUGUACCACAACCAAGUCAAAGGCAAAAUAAACAACAACACAAAAGCCCUACUGCUGAUGAUGUGAGUAAUCCGCUGCCCAGUCCAAGGCAAAAUAAACAGAAAAAAAGCCCUCCUGUUGUUGAUGAUGUUACUGCUCCGCAGCCAAGUUCAAAACCAAGUAAAAGUAACUCGAAGCAAACGAACCCCACUAUGGGUAAAGGACAACCAACUGAUACGAUUAAUACCAAUGGUAGUAAAAGAAAAAAGAAGAACAAGAAAGAUAAACUGAGUACUUCCAUCGAUGAGAUCUUCAUGCCAAGAGAAAAUACUGACAGUGGGGAGUUGGAUGACUUUGAAAGAGAAAUUGAAGAAUUCAAAAAGUUCUGUAUGAAUUCACAGCCGCUAAAGCAUAAAGAAAAAGUGACGUUCAGCAUAAAGGAUAUAACAUUGAAGAAAAAUUCUGUGCAUGCACACUGAGUAUAUCAACUUGGGUCCCUUCAUGUAAGACUCAGCAAAACUAUUUUUAAUUCAUACAAAACUUGGACAAGGAGCACCAAAAAGUGUCUUGAAUAUUUCUUUGAAUUUUAGCUUAAUGUAAGUGAAAUGGUCCAAUGGUAGUAAUCAACUGUGAUUUUAUGUUAGGUUAGUUUAAUUCUGGCUUUGGUCUUACAUGAAGGGCUAGUCGGUAAAUAUAUAUUGCAUAGUUUAUACUGUGAUGAAAGCUUGAAGGAAUAUAUUUCCUAUAUUUGAAUGAAAAUAAAAUAUAUCUUUGCGAAACGCGUGUACUGGUGAUGGUAUGAACGGAUGUGAAAUCACUCACAUUGGAGGAUUUGUAAGUUGUGGCAUUAUAGCGUAUUGUAUUAGAAAAGUAGAGUUAGUUUGACUGAACUGAGUCGUUUACGUUAGUUUUGAAAUACCGUUAUUACGCAUGGUAUUGCUCAUUACAAGUCAAUACCCCGGUAAUUAUUGAGCUGUUCUUUUUAAACUUUUCUGCUGUGUUGAUAUGGCAUCAUACUCUACAAUGUAGAUUACUUGUUUUAAUGUUUACAUUGAUGAUAUGCAAAUAAAAUUGUGCUAUUUCUUAA